AUCUCUCAAUCCCUCUUACCUGCUUCACCUUCACAAGCUCACGUUCCAUUAAUCCACACUGAACAAAGACAAAAGCUCAUUGGAUUUUUUUAGGUUACCUCACCUCAACCUAACACCCCUCUCUCUAUCUCUCUGCUUUCUCUAUUUUACUCUACACAUUAUCUUCAUUUUUCAUAUCUAUAAAUCAAAUCCAACCAUUAGAUGCCCAGUUAAGAAUCCAAUUUGUUAUUUUCUUUUAUAUUGAGGAAAAUCCUCAGCCAUAUGUGUAUGUAUAUAUACUGUUAUUUUCUUUGGGUGUAUAUGUUCUACUCUGUAUUUUCCUGUGUCUUUCAUGGCGGCUGCUACUACUGCUACUCAAAUCUUUCAAGGCCUUGAGAACAACAACGAGAACAGCAACCAUGAAGUCAGCAGACAAGAGAUACAAGCUGCCAUUGCUAAAGCAGUGGAGCUUAGAGCUAUCCAUGCUUCUCUGGUGCAUGGAAGUAGCCCUGCCAAUCUCAAGUUUCCAUCUUCCUCCCCUGUUUCACGCCCUGUUUCUCAGUUUUCUGCUCAAGAUUACCCUGUUUUCACUCCUAGUUAUGAAGACGAGCCACUGUCCGGGCUUGAGUCGCUGCCAAAAUCAAGAACAUUAUCAGAAAGUUGGGAUGACUAUGGGCUAGAAGGAGGAAAUGGCUAUGAAACUCUUUUAUCGGAUUUUAAGAAGGAGAACUCAUCGUCAAGGAAAGGAAUUCCUUCUGGGUUGGCCAGUUUGGAAUCUCAAAUUUGUCCGACUGAAGAUCAAAAAUCUCUCUCUGGUUCUUCUGCAAACAAUAUUACUGUGCUUCACACAUCACCCCGGGCAGAAUUCUACAAGUCUAGAAGGAGAAAUAGCUUGGGAGAAUUCAAAUCUGUAUCUUCUUGCAAUAGGUGCAAAGCAGCCCCCAGUACCUCUGAGGCUGAAAAUGUAACCAGGAACAGCAGGAACUCUAACAUUGUUGUGCCAUGGACAGAUUCUCAUUCACCCGCUCAGCCCCAACCCAGACACCGUGGGAUCAUUUCAUGGUUCUUCCCAAAGUUAAAGAAGAAGCAAAAGAAUGAGAAUUCACCAAACCGAACAGAAUCUGAGGAAGUUCCCCAGAUUUUCAGGGACUUGGAGAUGUUGUCAAUUGAAACAUUGAAGAGGGAGUUGAAAGAAGCAAAUGAGAAUCGAGAUGCAGCCUUAAUGGAGGUUGCUGAGAUGAAGUCUUCACUAGGAGAACUAAGGCAGAAGCUUGAGUACUUGGAAAGUUACUGUGAAGAGUUAAAGAGAGCCUUACGGCAAGCUACAGUAGCAAAAGGUUCACAAGUAAUUGAAAAACUAGGAAACUUCCCCAAGAGAGGGAAGCCCAACGAUGGAAAUGGAGAAAACUCAAUGCCAGUAAGUGAAGAGGUAAUGGUGGAGGGAUUUUUGCAGAUUGUAUCAGAAGCAAGAUUGUCAGUGAAACAAUUCUGCAAGACCCUAGUUGGGCAGAUUGAAGAAACAGACGGCACUCUUAUGGACAGUUUGAACUUGUUUCUUCAGCCAUACAAGUUGUCUCUCAAUUCAAGAUACUCCAAGGCAGUACUGUACCAUUUGGAAUCUAUCAUCAACCAAACCCUCUACCAAGAUUUUGAGAACUCUGUAUUCCAAAAGAAUGGUUCACCAAAGCAUUUAGAUCCUGAACAAGAUCGCCAAGCGCAGUUUGCAUCGUUUGUUGCAUUGAGGAACCUAAGCUGGAAUGAAGUCUUAAGGAAGGGGACAAAAUAUUACAGUGAGGAGUUCAGCAAAUUUUGUGAUCAAAAAAUGGGUUGCAUUAUUACAACAUUGAAUUGGACAAGAGCAUGGCCUGAACAGCUUCUGCAAGCCUUCUUUGUUGCUGGUAAAUGCAUAUGGUUGCUUCAUUUGCUUGCUUUUUCAUUUAAUCCACCUCUGGGUAUUAUAAGGAUUGAAGAGAAUAGGAGCUUUGAUCCACAUUACAUGGAGGAUAUGUUGAUGGAUAGGCAAAGGUCACAUGGUCCAAGCAGGGUUAAGAUCAUGGUGAUGCCAGGAUUUUAUGUUCAGGAUAGGGUUUUAAGGUGUAAGGUUCUUUGUAGGUACAAGUCUGCAUCUUAAAUUAAGCAGUUUUCUUCUUAUUGAUGUUUUAAUAAAAAGUUGUGAUACUAACAAAGCAGAUUAGGGGAAGUUUUGAAAGUUCCAAAGUUUUUAUGUGAUGUGAUUGGGUUCUUUCAGAUUGGUUAUUGUAGUAUGUUGUGGGUGAAUUAGAUGAAGAUAUCACUUGUAAUGGAUUCAUCAUUUUCUUAUUAUAUAUAGUAGAUAUUUAUUUGGA